CCAGCUGCCGGGGCCCGCUGCCCUCGCAGCGCCGAGCCCGCUUGGCCUGCACGUACUGAGCCUUGCCUUUGCGCUUCCCGCCGCCAGGCUGAGGAGGCUGCUGGAGGGGGGUCGCCAUGGUGCGUGAGGGCUGAGGAAAAUGGAUGUGGGGCGUGAGGAGGGCCGAGUCCCAGAUCUUGGUUGAGUCCUUGGGAUGUGCCCUGCCGAGUGUGAGUCCUUGGCUUUGCGCAGGAAAGAAUUCAAGUGCGAGCCACCGUUGAGUAAAGAAAACUUGUUGUUAUUUCUGUAAGGAGAGAGAUGCCAAAUGUGCAGGCUGUAACUUUCCAGCAAAUAGCAGAGAAGGGUGAGUCCUUAUAUUAAAUCCCCGCUGCCAAACAGAAUGAUGUUUGAGGACUCAGGGGCUUACUUCUGUUCUAAAGAGCAGCCUCUUCUAGAGCCUAAGAGAAGUGCCAAGGGAUCUCUGGUUAACACGUUUCCUCCCCAACUCAGAUGGAUCGGUCUCUGUGGAAAUCCUGAGUGUUAAAACAUCCAACAAGGCUGAAGCUAGCUCUUGUCACCAUGCAGACAUUACUUCGUGCCAAGUAUUUUCAGCGCCGGACAAUUCCUGGUUCUGUGAGAGCACUGCAUAAAGAUUAUAGACCAGGGAUCCCUCAGAAUUUCUCCAACUAUGAAUCCAUGAAACAGGACUUCAAAUUGGAGGUUCCAGAGUAUUUCAACUUUGCUAAAGAUGUCCUUGACCAAUGGACCAAUAUGGAAAAGGCUGGAAAGAGACCUUCUAAUCCAGCCUUCUGGUGGAUAAAUGGAAAUGGAGAAGAAGUGAGAUGGAGUUUUGAGGACCUGGGAUCUUUGUCUAGGAAAUUUGCAAAUAUCCUUACAGAAGCCUGUGCCCUGCAAAGGGGAGAUCGAGUAAUUGUGAUUCUUCCCAGGAUCCCAGAGUGGUGGCUUGCAAAUAUAGCCUGUAUGCGAACAGGGACAGUUUUAAUUCCAGGAACCACUCAGUUGACCCAGAAAGACAUCCUUUACAGACUACAAUCUUCAAAAGCAAAGUGCAUUAUCACCAAUGAAGUUUUAGCUCCAGCCGUAGAUGCUGUUGCAUCUGAAUGUGAAAAUCUGCACUCCAAGCUAAUUGUGUCUCAGAAACCCAGAGAGGGGUGGCAGAACCUCAAGGAGAUGAUGAAACAUGCCAGUGACAACCACACUUGUGUGAAGACAAAACACAAUGAGAUGAUGGCCAUUUUCUUUACCAGUGGAACAAGCGGAUCUCCGAAAAUGACCGGACACACCCACAGCAGUUUCGGUUUAGGAUUAUCUGUAAAUGGAAGGUUCUGGCUGGAUUUGACCCCUUCAGAUGUGAUAUGGAAUACCUCAGACACAGGCUGGGCAAAAUCUGCAUGGAGCAGUGUUUUUUCUCCAUGGAUCCAGGGAGCAUGUGUAUUUGCACAUUAUUUGCCGCGGUUUGAGCCAACUUCCAUCUUGCAAACACUUUGCAAGUUUCCCAUCACAGUCUUCUGUUCAGCACCAACUGCAUAUCGAAUGCUUGUACGGAAUGAUAAGGCCAGCUAUAAGUUCAAAAGCUUAAAGCACUGUUUGAGUGCUGGGGAACCAAUCAACCCUGAAGUGAUUGAACAAUGGAGAAAUAAGACGGGUCUGGAUAUCUACGAAGGAUAUGGACAGACUGAAACGGUGCUAAUCUGUGGAAAUUUUAAGGGAAUGAAAAUUAAGCCUGGCUCAAUGGGAAAGCCUUCACCUGCCUUUGAUGUUAAGAUUUUAGAUGCGAAUGGCAAUGUUCUACCUCCUGGACAAGAAGGAGAUAUUGGCAUCCAAGUUCUACCUAACCGACCAUGUGGCCUUUUUACUCAUUAUAUAGAUGAUCCUACAAAAACAGCUUCAACUCUACGAGGCAAUUUCUAUAUCACUGGAGACAGGGGCUAUAUGGAUGAGGAUGGCUAUUUCUGGUUUGUUGCAAGAUCAGAUGACAUCAUAUUAUCCUCUGGUUACCGAAUUGGGCCGUUUGAGGUAGAAAGUGCCCUGAGUGAACAUCCUGCAGUUGCAGAGUCAGCUGUUGUCAGCAGCCCAGACCCCAUCAGAGGAGAGGUAGUAAAGGCUUUUAUUGUUCUGAACCCUGAUUACAAGUCACAUGAUCAAGAACAACUGAAAAAGGAGAUUCAGGAGCAUGUAAAAAAGACUACAGCACCUUACAAAUAUCCCAGGAAGGUAGAAUUUAUUCAAGAGCUGCCAAAGACUGUCAGUGGGAAGAUAAAAAGAAAGGAACUGAAGAAGACAGAAUGGGAAACAAUUUAAAUUCAUUCCUUUAAUUAUCAUGGUUAUCUGUAAAACAAGACUCUGUAAAACCACAACAUUAUAAAGAGGUGAUAAAAAAUGUGAUACUAUGCUUAUAAACUGAUUUAAAAUAGCUUGUGGUUAUAACAUCAGAGGCUGAAUUUUGAAAUAAAUAUUCAGUAAAUCCCUCUGCAUAAGCGUCAAUAUUCUUAAUAAUUUGGUAACAUUAAAAAGAGUACCAUCAAUUGCUGAGGAAUUUUUAAAUUUACAGUAUAGAAGCAGGCUUUGAACCAAAUCUCUGAUCUGUUGGAUUUCAAAUCUUAGUUGAAUAAUUCUUCUGAUAUGCUGAUAUACAAAUCAGAACCAAUUUUCAAGCAUUGAAAUAAGGCUUACACAAGUCAUCAAAGUUUUUAGAAAAAUUCAAAAUAUCAGAAGAUUGUCAUAAUUCUCAAAAUACAAGUAUUUACCUGAAAACAGGCUAGGGAUUUUUAUUAGUCACAUUUUUCUUCAAUUUAAAAAUAAUUUAAAAUAUGUUUCAAGGUCUAACUGUAACAGGAGGAGGAUAUCAUGUUGUACACCAGAAACUAAAAUUUUUUAUCAGUUAUAAUUCAAUAAAGGAAAUAAGGGUAUCCAAUACUAGCAUUGUUACUUAAUAUUUAAUCUAAUAAAUCCAGUUUACCAAGUG